UGUCCACAGACCAGUCUGCACUCUAGCAAACCCUCCCACUUCAAGCAGCACCAGCACGGCCCCACGAUUCUUCCUUCUGUCUCCAUUUUCACACCGGGUGCCUACUCCAGGCAUGGCUGACGGCUGUACCCAGUCAUGGCACUGCGACAUUACACCCUCGACUUCAAUCUCUCAGCGCCAGAUAUGUCCCUCCCCUUUUCUGUUUAGUGGACUGUCCUAUGACUGUGCAUGGGCUGCAGUCUAUAUUUCAAGAGCAGGAAAUGACAGAGACUGUCCAUGACACUGAGGGACAUGGAUACCUUGCUACCUUCAUUGGCAAGAAUGGCAGGUUGGUUAUUCUGCGUGUGCCCGUCCAUGGUCUGCUUACCAUUGAUCUGCAGUGUUGUGAAGGAGAUAACAUUGUACAAGUAGAGAAUCUUUUGAAUGCACUGGAAAAGAAGCUGAGAAGUCUCCUACAUGGAAACAUUAAGAGGGUCAAGAGGCUCCCAGCUCUGAUACGAGGUGCAGCUGUUGAUCGAUACUGGCCCACAGCUGACGGCAGACUGGUGGAGUAUGACAUAGAUCGGGUUGUAUACGAUGAGGACUCUGCAUACCAGAACAUAAAGAUCAUGCACUCACAGCAGUUUGGCAAUAUCCUGAUCCUCAAUGGGGAUGUUAAUUUGUCAGAGAGUGACCUACCCUACACCCAAGCCAUCAUGGGCAGAGGGAAAGAGAACUAUGCAGGGAAGGAAGUGCUGAUCUUAGGAGGCGGUGAUGGAGGAAUCCUUUCAGAGGCCGUCAAACUCAAGCCAAAGAUGAUCACCAUGGUAGAGAUCGACCAAAUGGUGAUUGAUGGGUGUAGAACGCACAUGAGGAAGACAUGUGGAAGUGUUCUGGACAACCUGAAGGGAGAAUGUUACCAGGUGUUGGUAGAGGACUGCGUUCCUGUUCUGAAAAAGUAUGUUGAGGAAGGGAAGACGUUUGAUUACGUCAUCAAUGACCUCACAGCGGUCCCCAUCUCCACAGCGCCAGAGGAGGACUCUACAUGGGAGUUCCUACAGCUUAUCUUGGAUCUCUCAAUCAAAGUACUGCGUCCUACUGGGAAGUACUUCACACAGGGUAACUGUGCGAAUCUGACUGAGGCACUGGCUCUUUAUGAGGAGCAGCUGGGAAGGCUCUCGUGUCCUGUAGACUUCUCCAAGGAGGUGGUGUGUGUGCCCUCUUAUAUGGAACUGUGGGUUUUCUAUACCGUUUGGAAGAAGUAAAGAGCUCCCUCGGUCCCCUCCGUAUGCUGCCUGCCAGAAUGUGAAAACUGCCCCCCCCUCCAUGAUCCGCUGUUGCACUGAGGGGAGAGAUGACCCCCCCAUCUCUACUCACACUGUUUUGUUAUCCUUCCAUGUCCAACUCUCUCUUAAACCCUUUUUACAUGUUAGUUGUAUUAUUUUAUGUCCAAACUUACAAGAGAUUGUAUUUCUGUUAGCUGGAUAUUUUGAGUUGGGCUGUUGUUUUUGCAUGUGCCCUCCAAGGAGAGCUGUGGGGCUGCUACCACUGGUCUAGGGUUUAGACUUCUCUGACUAUAGCCUGGUCCCAGACCUGUCUGGGUUUAGACUUCUCUGAUUAUAGCCUGGUCCCAGACCUGUCUGGGUUUAGACUUCUCUGACUAUAGCCUGGUCCCAGACCUGUCUGGGUUUAGACUUCUCUGACUAUAGCCUGGUCCCAGACCUGUCUGGGUUUAGACUUCUCUGAUUAUAGCCUGGUCCCAGACCUGUCUGGGUUUAGACUUCUCUGACUAUAGCCUGGUCCCAGACCUGUCUGGGUUUAGACUUCUCUGACUAUAGCCUGGUCCCAGACCUGUCUGGGUUUAGACUUCUCUGAUUAUAGCCUGGUCCCAGACCUGUCUGGGUUUAGACUUCUCUGAUUAUAGCCUGGUCCCAGACCUGUCUGGGUUUAGACUUUUCUGACUAUAGCCUGGUCCCAGACCUGUCUGGGUUUAGACUUCUCUGAUUAUAGCCUGGUCCCAGACCUGUCUGGGUUUAGACUUCUCUGAUUAUAGCCUGGUCCCAGACCUGUCUGGGUUUAGACUUCUCUGAUUAUAGCCUGGUCCCAGACCUGUCUGGGUUUAGACUUCUCUGAUUAUAGCCUGGUCCCAGACCUGUCUGGGUUUAGACUUUUCUGAUUAUAGCCUGGUCCCAGACCUGUCUGGGUUUAGACUUUUCUGACUAUAGCCUGGUCCCAGACCUGUCUGGGUUUUAGACUUUUCUGACUAUAGCCUGGUCCCAGACCUGUCUGGGUUUUAGACUUUUCUGACUAUAGCCUGGUCCCAGACCUGUCUGGGUUUUGGACUUUUCUGACUGUUGUUGUCUAGUUGUCAUGCCAUACAUUUUACAUGUCUUAUACACGGCAGGGCAACAAUACUCAGAGAAGUUGGCUAAAUCUCAUACAGGUCUGGGACCAAGCUAUAGUCAGAGUUCUAAAGCCUAGACAGAUCUGGGACCAGUAUUUAAACACUCUUGGUAUACCUGCCCCUCAGGGUGUUGUUACUUUUCAAAUUUGAGUUAUUAAAACAGCACCAACAUACAAUAGGCUUUUGGGUUCUGAUUGUGUGAUAGGAUAUGUGCUCGCCGUAGUUUCAAAUGAAUGUCUGUUUGUGCGUUUGAUUGUUUUUCUUCUUCUGUUGUAGCUAAUUUGAUUCCCAGUCCUUCCCAGAUUCCCAGUCCUUUCCAAGAUGUUGAAAAGGCAGUGUGACCCUGCCCAUUGAGGCUGAAGUGUCCAAACAUGUUUUUAAAAGGGAAAAGGGCCCUCCUUUGUGGCGGUUUCUUGCUUUAAUGUGAAUUAUGUUUUUAUUAUUUACCACCUUUUUAGUUUCUCCUGCUGGAUCUUAUUUUACAAAUUCAGUUUAGAAUUUUUCUAUAACAUUGUUUGGUGCAUGUGCUGGAAAAUUAAAUAUUUUUUAUUGAAUCUAGUUUACCAUAUUCACAGUGCACAUUCAUGCCUUUGAUCAAUGUUGUGGUGCUUUGUUAAAUGUAUUUAUUUUAUAUUAUUUCACCAAAUGCUGUUUUAUCCCACUUGAAAAAAAUACAUUUUGUUCAGCAGUGACUACUUGCUAUUAAAAACGAGUUGGAGAAGAACA